AUGUGCUACGAAGAGUUCAUCGCCUACCAGUGCGGCCAUCGUUCUUUGGGCGUGGUGCGACCCUGCCCCAUGACGACGGCCGGCCACAACUUUCCAAUCUGCGGCCUCCCACCUCACAAGCCGCAUUAUGCGGAGACCAUGUGUACACCCUGCGAGAGGCAGCUACAUUCUCGCUGGGUCUUGAUCAGAGAGUGGGAGCAUCGCUGGCUUCAUGAGCGUGGCGCCUGUGGCUGCGAGGUCAUCUUCCCAGGCCUCCUAACCACUCCUCGCGUCAUCGGCCACACAUCAGUUGCUGAAAGCCCGGCUUCAAGUUCAAAAACUGGCCCAGCGUACCAUAUAGCCGCCGCAAACGAUAGGGACGCUACGCCGAACCUCAUUGCUACGACCGCAAGCUCCAAGGAAAGCCAGGGACAAACUGAGCAAGGUGGCCCCGUGGAUACAGCCUCUUCUGCCGCGGCCGGCCAAAUUCCGGCCCUCUUCGCAGAGGGUGUUACCUCGACAGGCGAGCAUCGCGUUGCCGUUCGGCUCCCUGGACUCUACGCGGCCGAGUGGAAGUCCGACCACGCUGCCCUCCACAAAGCCGGAAAGUGUACAUGUGCGGCGACCUUCACCCCUUACAAGCCACAGGUCAGCGAUGCCGAGCUCACAGAUCACGACCGAGACAACCUGUCUCAGUGGCGCCGGCGGGAGAUUGAAGGGGAGAAGAACGACGACGCCCGUAGCAUCGAGGGCCAAGCUGGGGAGACGAUAAAGCGUAUCGCCGAGAUCAAGGCGGCAUUUGGGGAUUUUGAAGUUGAGGAAGAAGAGAAACCGCCCAAGGCCAAGGUGCCUCGCCUCCCUCCUCCGGCCGCCGCAGAAAGUCAAACAGCCAAAGUCAGGGGCCAAGGUCAGGGGAACAAUAGCAACAAUAACAACAACCCCCGUCACUUCAACCGCCGCCCCGAGAACCGCCGCGAGAGAAACCUCCCAUCGCGUCCCCAGUCCCAGUCCACUCGACGUGGCUCAGCCUCGCCCCCAACCCACGGCCAACUUAUCGUCUCCUCCCCUCCGACCAGCCAACCCUUGCCCCAGGCAGCCACAACCGCACUAGCCAUACCCAUGCCAACCAGCGGCGGCUACCUCUACCCCGAAUACCCACACCACCAGCAACAACACCCGCAGUAUUUUGUACCUGCCCACCCAGCCUACGCUACGGCCGCGACUUACAACGACGCCAUUCCCGAGGGCGCCUUCCCCUGGGCCGCUGCGCCCCAGGCUACGCCGGGCAUGCCGUGGGUGACACAGGGUCCCGGACCCUACCGCACACCAGGGUUGGUGCAUGCCAGGAGUGAUGCUGGUGCUGGAGCUCAGGGUGGGGGGUACACUCACCACCAUUCGCAUCACCAUCCCAAUCAGGCCUAUGGGUAUGGACAGGGUUAUGGACAUGGCAACGGCCAUGGCUACGGCAGGGGUUACCACAACCCCCGGUCCCGCGGCGAGCGGCAGCUCGCGGCGCUGGAGGGGCCCAGGCAAGGACAGAUACAGGAACUGGAGGCGGAAGAGGAUAGAGGCAGGGGUGGAUGGAAGGGCGUCGACUCUUACUCGCACCAGCAACAGCAACAGCAACAGCAACAGCAACAGCAACAGCAACAGCAACAGCAACAGCAACAGCAACAGCAACAGCAACAGCAACAGCAACAGCAACAGCAACAGCAACAGCAACAGCAGCACCAUCCGCAUGGCACCAGAGCCACCCGCCCCGAGCACCUCCUUCCCGUCUGCGGCUUGCCCAUUGGUGCCGGGCCUGAGGGCACGUCGCACAUGCCGGACUGGCUGGACUGUCCGCUGCGGCGGAGCGCGAGUGUCGGGGCGACGGCGGCGGCGGCGGGUUUGGUUACGGAUAUGGAUACGGAUAUGGAUACGGAUGGGGGUAGUGGUAGUGGUGGUGGAAGCAGUUCUCGGACGUGCUCGUCAACCUCAAAGGCGUCCACUACAGCGGUACGGCGACUCGACCCAGCUUCAUGA